GAGUCGGGGAAGCCCUGCCUGGCUGUAAGAUGGCGGCAUCCAGCCUGCGCCGCUGCUAGGAGCUCCGCCAGCCCCCGGCCCGGGUCCGCUUCGCGCCGCUUCGGCUUCUGCCCCGGCCCCCUGGCAUGCUGCGCCCCCGCGCCCGGGUCUUGCCAUCGGCGGGGAAGCGCCAGGUUGCUGAAAAGUGCCUUUCCUGAAGCCACUGCUGCUUGGAUUUCUGUCUAAGGCUGCCUCUCUCUCCCCCCCCCAACCCCCCCCUUUUUUAAAAUUUGGCAUUGCUUGCAGUUCAUACCCUAACGGCAACUCAUCCCCUCCUUUUUUUUCCUUUUUACACUCUGUUCACUCAGCCAUUUUUUCCUUCCUGAGUAUGUAGCAAAUAUUUUUGAGUGAUAACAUCCUUUUGCUCGUUUUAAUACUCGCGAAUUGUCAUUUUUAGAACCAAGAAAUAAAAGGAAAAAAAAGUUUUCUGCCCAAGGACUGAGACCAUUCCGCAAACAGAAGCGCUGCCAGCCGCAUAUGCUUUUUGCAAGAAUAAUUGAAACCAUUAACUGGAGAGCACAGAAUUCAUUUGAAAGUCUGCCAGUUAUUUUCAAGUAACUUUGGCAGUGGCACAAAAUAUAACACUUAUAUUUUAACUUCUACAAUUGCACUUUUAGGAGCUGGCCUCUCAUUUGAUUUUCAGUUAUUCUGAUAAGAUUUCUAUUUUGUGAUUGGCUUUGUUUAAUUCUUGUUGAAACAAACACAAUUUGACUUAAAUGAAAACCUAAGUGCUGACGAAUAGAAAUUUUACCAAAGCAACAAGUUCGUUAUUUCUUCACAUUUAACUUGAAUUCACUUUUUUACCCUUUUUAAAAAAAAUCCGCAGUAAUAUUGUCCUAAAGAAGGGUGUGAUUGCUUGCAUUUUAAUUUUUGUUUUUAAUAUGGCUGUAAACGUUUCCCUGGUUCGUGAUACAAAAUGGCUGACUUUAGAAGUAUGUCGAGAAUUUCAGAGAGGUACUUGUUCUCGAUCUGAUGCAGAGUGCAAGUUUGCCCAUCCGUCACGGAGUUGCCAUGUGGAAAAUGGUCGAGUUAUUGCCUGCUUUGACUCUCUAAAGGGCCGGUGUACUCGAGAGAACUGCAAAUAUCUUCACCCUCCCCCGCACUUAAAAACACAGCUCGAAAUAAAUGGACGCAACAAUCUGAUCCAGCAAAAGACAGCAGCAGCCAUGUUUGCACAGCAGAUGCAGUUCAUGUUACCAGGCGCUCAACUACAGCCAAUUACUACGUUUCCUGUGACUCCAUCACUUGCAACUAGUCCCACCAUGGCUUUUAGUCCCUACCUAAGUCAUGUUUCUCCUGGGAUGGGCUUGGUUCCUGCAGAACUUUUACCAAAUACGCCUGUCUUGGUUUCCGGGAAUCCUACUGUUACAGUACCGGGAGGCUCUGUUGCUCAGAAGCUGAUGCGUACAGAUAAACUGGAGGUUUGCCGAGAGUUUCAGCGUGGAAAUUGCACUCGUGGUGAGAAUGAUUGCCGUUACGCUCACCCCAUAGAUAUUGCGAUGAUAGACACAAAUGAAAACACUGUUACAGUUUGCAUGGAUUACAUCAAAGGCCGAUGCUCUAGGGAGAAAUGCAAGUACUUUCAUCCCCCUGCACACCUGCAAGCCAAAAUCAAGGCAGCUCAACACCAGGUGAACCAGACAGCUGCAACUGCAAUGGCCCUGCCGCCUGGUGCACUUCAACCUUUACCAAAGAGGCCAGCACUUGAAAAAAACAAUGGUGCCACCACAGUCUUUAACCCAAGCGUUUUCCACUACCAACAGGCUCUAGCUAACAUGCAGUUGCAACAGCCUACAUUUAUCCCUACAGGGUCAGUACUGUGCAUGACACCCACUGCAAGCGUUGUGCCCAUGAUGCACGGUGCUACGCCCACCACUGUGUCUGCAGCAACAACACCUGCCACCAGCGUCCCCUUCGCUGCAACAGCUACAGCCAAUCAGAUAUCCCAGUUAUCAGUAGAUGAACUGAGUAGCAGCAUGUUUGUUUCACAGAUGUAGAAGUUACCGAUAGAACACAGACUUUGUUGAAAUUCUGAAGAGUAAAAUUACGGAGUUCCAGGACUUCUCGGUGGGAAGCUGCACAUGGCCUUUCUGUAUAUAUUCCCUCCUCCCUCAUUUCUUCCUCGACCACCUCUACAGUAAGCCUGUUGCAGCCUACAUGUUAACCAAAAACUGAUCAAUGGGAAUGUCAAAAAAAAAUAAAAAAAAAAUAAAAAAAAGCACUAUAGAAACAAUUAACAAACAGCGCUCUGUUAUAUGAGAUAUACAAGUAGACAAUUAUAAUAGACUUUUAUAACACAUUACUUUAACACACUUAAUCAUUUUAUGACUACCAUCAUAAGUGCAUCUGCACAGUGGACUGUUGGUUUACUGUAUACUAUCGAUGGAUAAAUGUUUGUCUUGUUUUUAAAGUGUUAUCUUACUGUUUUGUUUACAUCAUAGUCUAUGGAUUUGUUUUAAAGUGUACAUCAUUAUCAAGUAUACUCAAUACCAUUUUUUUCAUUAUUGUUAUGUCUUAAGUUUUCAUAUACUGUAGUUUUCUGGGUUUGGGGGUAUUUUUGUUUUGGGGGUUUAUUUUGGUUUUUGUUUUUUUUUUACUAAAAAUGUUACAGUGGGAAACAGGAAUUAUGUGCUUGAAAAACACGACACAAGAAUGUUCUGUCCUUUUCUAUA